CAUUGUUGUUGAGUGCCUCAUUGUUUGCCGUGAGUGCAUGCACGUCACAGAGUGAAGGAGAAAAAUAGAGGUUAAAAAAAAAAAAUGUAAAAGACUGACUUGACAGCCAGCGUGUGGACUCCGCGGAGCUUUGCACUGGUGUGACCACUUCAGUGCCUCGCUCUCUGCCACGAGUGUGUGCACGUCACAGAGAAAAGGCAGAAAAGCACCAUUUAAACAAACAAGUUGGCUUGGCAGCAAGCGUGUGGACCGGUGUUUCGCGCUGCUGUGGCCGCUUUGCAGCGUCUCGUCACGGCAUGAAGAAGCCCAGUGACGACCUGGGAGAUUUAUUUGUGCCACCGGAGGCUUUUUAAGCUGGCAUAUUUUUGCUGCUCAAACAUUAUUACAUACUAUUUGAUUGACAUUUGAGCAUGGUGUCAGCACAUUCAGUUGACACACCCACAGUGUAUGAGAGCAGAGAAGCCUUAUGUUAUAUACUUUUUUGAAUCAUUCAAAUUUGGCAGGGUUGUUAACAACAUUCUUCUCUGUGGUGUGUCAAAUUUCAAACAUUCUCACUUUACAGGGACUUGAAAACCAGGGGUGGGAAAAAUGCGGCCCGUCGGUCACUUACGGCCCGCUCCGUUCUUUAAUCCGACCCGCAGAGCCUUUACAAUAUAUAGAAUCUUUUCAUAUUUGUUGGAUUCCUCUAGCUGUUUUUUUCUCUCCUAAAAUAGGUUAUUUAAAGUGUUUAUUCAUUUGUACUUUUUUAUUUUAUCCAUUUAUCUCAUUAUUGAUUGAUUGAUUUAUUGUAAAAAUAUAUAUUUUUUUAAAAUAAACCAUUACACACACACACACACACACACAAACAUAUAUAUAUAUAAACAACCCCGAUUCCAAUGAAGUUGGGACGUUGUGUUAAACAUAAAUAAAAACAGAAUCCAAUGAUUUGCUAAUCACGUUCAACCUAUAUUUAAUUGAAUACACUUCAAAGACAGGAUAUUUAAUGUUCAAACUGAAAGACUUUUUUGUUUUUAGCAAAUAAGCGGUUCAGGGUGUACCCCGCCUCCUGCCUGAUGUUUGCUGGGAUGGGCUCCAGCAGCCCGCGACCCUGUUGAUGACAAGCGCUCAAAGAAAAUGAAUGGAUGGAUUGAUAUAUAAACAUUUAUUUUAUUAGAUGGUUAAUCAUUCAUAACGUUUUCCUCCCCCUGCUUCAUAUGCUGCUUUUAUAUGCCCUUAAAUAAAGAUACUGAUGUUGGAUAAUACAUGGAUGCCUAGAAGUUAGAGAAAUAUACAAAGAAAGACACAGUCGUCUUGAAUUGAAAUGUUUACGUGCUUUUACUGUACUUUUUUUUUUGUGUCAUUGUGGCAUCAAGCAGACACGACGAGAUGGAGAGGACACCUGCUAACCUUCCGCUUUCUACCAUGGAGACGGACACAGCAGCAGUAGGUGAGGAAAAGUGUCCAAGGAGGAGGAGAGGGAGCUGAGAUUGCAGCAGGCGAACGGGUAGGACGAGGUCGAGCAGGAGGACGCGUUCCGCUCUCAGUACAAGUCCGGGAAAAGUGUGCGAGGAGCUUCCGAUGGCGUGCUACUACAUCGUGAUCAGCUCCACCCACCUGCGCGACGGACAGCUGAGGAGCAUCAAAGGGGUGUUCCGAGGACCAAUCGGAGCCGACGGACACAAAAACAAUAAAACGGAUGAGGGCGCCACCCGUCUGUACUGCGAGCUGUGCGACAAACAAUACGUGCGACACCAGCAGUUUGACAACCACAUCAACUCCUACGACCACCACCACAAGCAGCGUCUGAAGGAGCUGAAGCAUCGCGAGUUCUACCGAGUGUUGGCCUGCAGGAGGCAGCGGAGGCGAAGGGAGGAGCGCAGGGAGGAGCGCUUGCUGAGGAAGAGGCUCCAGCAUCAUCAUCAUCCUCCUCAUCCUCAUCACCAUGAGGAGGAGAAAACACAAGCGCGCUGCGCUCCGGGUUCGGGCCCCAUGUUCCGCUCCACCACCGUGGCGGUGGAGCCGGCGAGCGCGAUGGAGAAGUGGAGCGACGUGCACGCCGACAGCAGCGACGCCGUCGGGGCUCUGGGGAGAGAUCCUCAAAGCUCACUGCUCCUUCCUCUGGACGCCGCACUGGGAAGCCGACUCCUGAGCGACAUCACGAGCAAAAACGCCGAUAGCGGCCAAAGCGCCGCCUUUAACAAGCUCCCUUGGGCCCCCAGUUUCUUAAGCGACACCAUUCGAGCCAAUAACAUCCCCCCGAAAGCCUCCCUCGCCAGCAGGGGGCGCCCCGUUUGCUUCUCUCUGCCUAAAAGGAGCUGCGUUCUGCUGCACCAAUCGGCCGCCGUCUUUAUCCAAGCUGGGCGGAGUUCGCGAGACGGCCAAAAGACGACCCAAGAAGUGGACAGAAAGGUCGCACCGCAGCGGAUCUCGCCUGCGCCGUGGGGCCACGCUUUGACCAGAGAACUGGAUGACAAGAUGAACGCCGCCUCGUCUUUAUGUAACCGCCACCACGGGACCGGAGUCCAAGUCCGCGUGGGAGGUGGGACGGGUGCCCGAGACACCGGUGGAAGUAUGAUUAGAGCUGCAGUCGUUGGUAGACGUGUGGCAGAAGCCCAAGACGGAGGUGGAAGCGGGCUUGGAGCCAAAGUUAGUAUCGGAUAUGGAACCGAAGAUGGAGCCCGAGUAGCCGGCCAAAGUGGGACAGGAAACCAAACCAAUGUAGAAGGUAGGACAAGAGCCCUGAAUAAUGGUCGAAGUCGAACUGGGGCCCAAGUUGCUGGAACACAAACAACCGGUAGAAGUGGGACUGGAGCUGAAGAUGGGCGUGGAAGUAGAACUGUUGCCCAAGACAUUGGUGACUGUGCAGCUGGAGCCCAAAUCAAUGCAGAAGGUAGUACCAGAGCCCAGGGCUGUGGUCAAUCUGUGACUAGAACUGGAGUCACUCAAGAUAGUGGCGGAAGUAAGACUGGAGACCAAAUAAUAGGUCAAAGUGUCAUGGGAGCCCAAAUCAAGGUGGGAGGUAGUACCAGCGCCCAGCACAAUGGUAGGUGUGGAACUGGAGCUGGAGUUAGUCCUGGACUUGAGACUCGAGCCAUCCAAGAUAGUAGUGGAAUCAGGAAUGAAGGCCAAGUUACUUGUCAAAGUGGGCUAGGAGCCCAAUUCUUUCUAAGCUGUAGCACUCGAGCCCAAGAUCAAGGUGGAGCCCAAGUCAUCGUUGGUUGUGUCGCUGGCGCUGAAGACCGGGAUGGAUGUGGGGCUGGAACUGUCAAAGAUAGUGAUGAUAGUGGGAUUGGGACCCAACCAGCUAAUGAAGGUGGGACUGGAUCGGAUCAUCACGUGACCAGCAAGGUUCCAGUACUACUACCACCCACUUUGGCGUGUCCAAGUUCUGGCUUUGAAACCUCCGCCAAAGCUGAUUUUGUUCAAAAGCUACAUUGUCCCACUCCCGCUGAGAUCCAACAAGCAGGAUUUGUGAACCGAGCCAAAGACGUGGGUCAAAAACAAUCACCUAGUUCUCCUUCAGGUCGGCCCAAGGAGCCUUUUUGUCCUGUCCUGAGCCGCGACGGCAGCCGCGUCCUGCUGUGGCCCUCGGAGAUGGUCCGCUACACCAAGAUGUCGCCCUCGCUCUCCUACAGCGUCAACCCGCUGCUGUACGACUUCCGAGCGCACGCGGGCGCCCGUAGGGAAGUGGGGAGCAGAAUAAAGCCAUUAGUGAUCAAACACGACGGCUGCCGACAGAAGUGGGAACGCGGCGGGGGAGAGUCAGAUGAAAGCCAGGAUGAGAAUGAAGGAGGACAGGCGGGAAAUCCUCUGGCAGUCGCGGGCCGAGGCGAAGGUGGCAAAGAAGUCGGCAAAGAAUUUCCACAUGCCGACGCGUUCAAAGCCACCCGUGUUGGACCGGGGAAAAGGAGGAGGAGGAGGAAAAGGGGAGGGCUGAGGAAGAGGGGGAGAAGGAAAAGAGGAGAGGAGAUGAAGAGGAAAGAGCAAGGGAGGAGGGAGAUAAUAACUAGUUUCUGUGAGAUGGCGAGGCUGGAAAGAGAGGACGGCGGAACAGAAAAACGGCUAUUAAGUCAUCUGGCGGCGCGGCGGAUGCUCGCAGGCCUCGGAAAAACGCCGAAGCGGGAGGAGGAGAGAUUGAUAGCGGAGAACGACGCGCUAUUAAGUCGUCUUCCCGCGAAUCGGUGUAAUCGCUGCAUGCGGGUGAACGUGGGGGCCGGCCGGCCAUCAUCCUCCGAGCGACGUCUUUGCGGGGGUGCGGCAUGUAAUGCGGCGAUUAGCCCCGCUAUCCGGACGCCACGCUGUCUCGCAUCUACGGUCGACCCCGCUGGCGCGGACACGAGGCCGCGACGCAAACAUCAAGAUGGAGACGAGCGAGGGCGGGAAGCUAAGAAGUGCGGGAAUCCGAGUGAGAUUAGAGCUCAGGAGGCGAGAGUGUGCGAGGCGGCGAUUAGCGGUGUCUCGCCCCCCCGCAGAGACGCAGCGUGCGAACGCCAAAUCCAUCUCUCGCCAUCUCGACACGCGGAAGCAGCAUGCGAUGCAGCGAUUAGCCCUGACCCCCUUUCUUUUAGACGCCCAGCGUGUGCUCGCAGACAAACGGCGGCGGGACGUAAUCGCCCUAUUGAGGCACAAAAGAUCGAAAGCGACCCGAGCGUCCCAUCGGGAUGCACAAACACUACACUCACCUGCGAGGAUCUUUCACAGGAAGUGAGGUGCGGCGGCAAGAGGAAGUGGACAGAGUGUCUGGAAACCAACGCCUGGAAGAAACGCAAACGAGGACGACGACAAACCAGAAGAGUUGUCGGCUUUGGUUUCAGGAGAACUUUGGACUCAACGGAAACCAGCGACGGAAGCAGCAAAGAGGCAAAACCAAGAGACGUCUCACCUGACACGACAGAUAAAGUAGGCCAGGAUGCUAACGACGAGCUGUGCCAAGAUACCGACAACGCCGUCAGCGAUAAUGGAAUACUCAACGACACGCGUCCCGAGGACGCCGCUCAUGAAGACGACAUCAUCGAACCGGAACGCCCACACGGCAGCAAGGAGGCGAAUCCCAACGACUUCUCACCUGACAGGACGGGCAAAGUGUGUCGGGACGCGAACGACACGAGCCAAUCGUCUCGCCUUGAUGACAUCCCGGGACGAUUUAGUCCCACCUGUGUCGUGCCUGAUGGCCGUCGUGAGAACGUCCGAGGAGUUGGCAUCGACUCCGUCGAUGCGCCUCCUGAGGACGAAACUCAUGAUAACGUCGUCCCUGACGCCCCCAUUUCAGAAGCCAAACCCCCUCAAAGCGAGGGUGACAAUGAGGGUCGGCAUUGCGAGAAGGACAGGUCGCCGGAUGUCUCCUCGCCGAAGGACGAGCGUCCAACCGGCAGGCGUCAGGAGGGCAGGACUGUGGAACUUUUCUACCCAGAGAAAGGGCCUCGUUUCCCCCGUGGCCUCCCUCCAGGGUGUGUCCCCCUCCGGGGGCCUCUCCUCCUACCGGCGCCUUCCUCCUUCUCCUUCCAUCACACAGUCAUCCAGCACCACCUAUCCCUCGUGCCCCCGCCCCUACCGCUCCCCUCGUACCCCCACCUGCUGCCACCCUUCGCCCCCCACCCCCUCGCUCUAAAUCCACCACCGCCGCCGCCAUCUUUCUUCGCCUCGCCACCCAUCCAUCUCCUGGACGCUCCGUAUCCCCUGGGGACGGAGUUUCACCCGAUGCUGAGUCGCCACCUCCUGGCGCCCCCCCACCCGGCCGCCCUGCCCUUGCAGGUGUUGUUCUAGUUGCCAUUUUGGAAAGGCUUUCAAGACGCGCAGAGUAAAAAUGCCAACGUCAUUGGGUGGACUCCUUCACUCAUUACCUGCUCCCUAAUCACGUUACAGUGAAGCCCCGCCCCUUUACGGCAGCGGAUACUUUCUGGAAUCAUCCGUGAUAGGUGGAAAUCUGCAGUAGCGAACCCAUAGAAAAUAUGUACAAUUAAUAUAACAAUACUCACAGGCAUAUAUUCUUUAUCCUCUGCAAAGAACGACGAAUGCAACCCCAAUUCCAGUGAAGUUGGGACGUUGAGUUCAACAGAAAUAAAAACAGAAUCCAAUGAUUGGCAAAUCAUGUUCAACCUAUAUUUCAUUGAAUACAUAGCUCCAGCCAUAAAAUUCCAAGUUCAUGAUUAUUUGCUAAAAAUAAUCAAGUUUAUCAGUUUGAACAUGAAAUAUCUUGUCUGUGUAGUGUAUUCAGUGAAAUAUAGGUUGAAGGUGAUUGGGCAACUUCAUUGGAAUUGGGGUUGUAUUCGUCGUUCUUUGCAGAGGAUAAAGAAUAUAUGCCUGUGAGUAUGAUGAUUUGCAAAUCAUUGUAUUCUCUUUUUAUUUAUGUUUAACACAACGUCCCAACUUCGAACUGCGUUCGGAUUCAUUCACUCGUUCCAAACUCCCGAAUCCCCCAUAUAGAUAUUAAAAAAAAUUAUUAUUUUUUUUUUUUAAAUAGUGGCCCGAGAUAGUUCCCCAAAAUGUCCACUGAAAAGGAAUGAGUGAAUGAUUCUGAACGCGGCCAAUUUCUUCUUCACGCCUUCUCCAAAUGAGCCGCAGGUGUGCGGGCGGCGACGUAGUGCGACACACAGCUGUGCUCCUUUCCCGCCCACGUUUUGCAUUUCAAAGCAGCCACCUGAUUGCAACAACGGUGGGGGUGGGGGGGGGGGGGGGAAUGGAAAUAAAACUGCUUAGAAGAGGUGAGAGCACCAUUUGUACAAAAGUAUUGGGACACCCAGCACGUGGAGAAAAAGUGAAGAAAACAACGCGGAGGCGUUUUGCGAGCUUUGGCAGCUUGAGCUCUUUCCGCAAGAUUUCCGGGCGUGUUCUUCCACACCAAACUCAUCCCAGCAUGCCUUUUAUGGAUCCCGCUGAUCUUCUCCAAACUGCUCCCACAUAACCGGAAGCAUACAAAGCAUGUUUGGAAGCAUGUUUCUGAGAGAAACAGAAUUCGUACCAAAACCAAAGCAAUGUUUCCCAUGGGAAAUAAUGUAAAUCCAAUUCAUUGUUUCCAGAUAGCCAAAAAUAUUGACAAAUAAUACCUUUUAUGGAGAUUAAUUCUAGUUUUGCAUACAGAAAACCAAAUGAUUCAUAACAUUAAUCUUUAUCGAAAAUUUGGAUGGUGCACACAGCGAGGAGACGAGAGAGGGGAGACAUUUUCCAAACUAUUUCCCAAAUUUCAUUUCCUUCUCGCUUUAUUUAGCAAAUGACUGGCACCUGGAAUUUUCUGUCGAAUUAUUUGAAAAAAAAAAAGGGUUGAACAGACGGCAAGAUAUUCCACAUUGCAAACUUUUAUUAACU